GACCACACUUUCCUUCUGUGCAUCCUAGAGUUUCUUUCUGGCCAGAUGAGUGUGCCUGAGCUGAGAUACAGAGGCAGCGUCAGCACUGCACCCUGGGGGGCCUCGCUGGGCUCCCCCGCCCAUGCUGGGCCCAGAUGUGGGGGGACUGUGAGGUGGGCAGGUUCCCAGAGCCCUCUGUGACACGGCAGGACGUCACAGUGGGGCUCAGCUCUGAGUCGCUCUCCCCAGCGUCCCCCAGCCACAUUUCCCAGCGAGGCUUGGGAAGUGCCAGGGCUGUUCUUGUCAGCGCUGCUCUGCUCUGCUAGAGCUGCUCUGCCGGCAGGAGAAGGCCAGGGAAACCUUUGAGAUAGUGUGAGAAUCUGCUUGCCAAGAGGCAAGGAACAGGAGCAAGGGAGUGAGCACCGCUUGUCCAACUGCUGCUCAGCAUGGAGGUGGUUGGGGUGUUCAGAUACCUGCUCUUCGAUCCCUUGGAUCCCAAUGAGCUUUCCUUACUCAAGGAGCUCACCACAUCGGAAAUCUGCAGAGUGUGGGACGCCACAUCCAAGUAUGUUUGCAGACAACUGCAGGAGAAGAAGGCGGUGGAUAUCGGGAUUGGGAGCUUUGCAGUUGUGCCAGCUCGUGCCGCCGCUGGAAAGGAUGGGGUUCUGGAUGUGGAUAAGCCCAUUUUCCAGAUGAGCUUUCACAUCCAGAGAUUUUACAAGCUGAAGAAGCCUAAGGCCAAAAUUCCUCUUGAGAUGUUCGAGUAUCCACUGGACUUUGAGGAGAUUGCUGAAAGCAUCCACUUCCGUGCACCAAUCGUAGAGCAGUGCAUCCAUGAGACCCUGCUCGUCUUUGCUGAGGCGCUCCGAGGGAAGAAGGAAGUUGACUUCUUCUUCAGCAGCCUUGGCAUUCUUUCUGUGAGAGGGCCGGAGGUCAUCAUGAACUUCUUUGACAGCUGUGCACUGCAGGUGGAUGCAACGGGCAACAUGCUGCCUGCUCUUCUUGGGGACCCCAAGAUGAUGAACAUGAUUGCAUUCAGAGGCAAAAACAAAUUUACUCGACGCAGUGAGGAUGGCUGCGUCAUGCUGCCAAGCAUUUAUGAUCCAGUGGUGCUGGCUCGGCGCAGGGUAUCUCAGGUUUUGAGGGUAUUGAGAAGAUUCAAGGAGCUGGAGCAGCAAAUGCAAAAGGAUAAUGCCAGGUUCCUGCCACCGAUUGAGGAGGAGCAUGCUGAAGAGGUGGAACAACCAAAACCUCCAGAUGAGCCGGAGCCCUCUGCCAGUGCCAAGCAGUCCUCCAGAGUGGCAGCGCGCUUGAUGCGUGCUGUGACUGAGGAGAAACGGCUCCAGGUGCUGAUGGCCUCCAAGCGCAAGGAGGUCGAAGCUGAAGUCCAGUCCGAGUGCCAGGAGUACAUACAGAGGCUGAGUGCAGAGAGAAGCCAGAACCCCUUCCACCGCCUGCUGGAGCGUGACCCUCGUCCUUCCUACACUGUGAGAAGGGAGUACGAUCAGCAUCUUAAAGAGAGGCUGAAAGGGAAGGACUGGUGCCAAAGCCUCGCAGGGCAGACAGCACCAGGGGACUGGCAGAAGAAGCUGCAGCUCACAGGGACAUCACGGGAACUGAAUAGAGAGAACACGAGGCUCUUGGACCGCCGUGGGAAGGCCCAGAGCUGCCAGGCGGCUUCUGGCUGCAGCGGCCGUAGCCAUCACAGCCUGCACCGAAACUCCCUUUCAGGCGCCAGCGACUGCACCCAGGCGCACUCAGGCAGAGCCUCCCACUGCUGCAAUCUGCCACCUUUGUACGGGGAGAGCUGUCAGCAGCGGGGCCAAGGGGCACCUUUCCAAAAGUAACAUCUUCAAUCAAGCUUUCCAAAAGUAACAUCUUCAAUCAAGCUUUCCAAAAGUAACAUCUUCAAUCAAGCUUUCCAAAAGGAACUUAACAUCUUCCAUCAAAAUUUCCAAAAGAAACUUAACAUCUUCCAUCUAAAUUUCCAAAAGUAACAUCUUCAAUCAAGCUUUCCAAAAGUAACAUCUUCAAUCAAGCUUUCCAAAAGUAACAUCUUCUAUCAAAAUUUCCAAAAGGAACUUAACAUCUUCUAUCAAAAUUUCCAAAAGGAACUUAACAUCUUCCAUUAAUCUUUCCCAAAUUAUCAUCUUCCAUCAAAUAAAGAAAAAUUCACCCCAUACAUAGUGUUUGCCUUAUGUGGUUGCUGUGCACCCACAAACUUCAUUGCCUCAGCAGUUGCUUCAGAGUCUCAGCAAAGCAGCAUUCUGCUUAGGGAAGGUUGUUAUUCCUAGAUAAGUGGGACAUCUGAAGCCUUAAAGCAGUCCGAACAUUCCAUAAUCCACGGGGAGGUACAAUGGGUCUCAGUCCAUUGAUCAGAGGAGGAAGUUCAUGAUAUACUCGGAUUGAGAUGCACUGAUGCAUUUAGUGAUUAUAGUCAAGUGUCCUUUGAGUGAGAAAUAAAACAGG